AUGCACCCGUCGACUCCGCAGACAGACAGGUUGACCAGUGAUGGAGGAGCUGCGGCUCAACUCGCUCCUCCUCUGCCGUCAUUCAGUACCCCGUUCAGCCAUCGGCCAUUGUCAAGCACCUCGCCAUCCCUCGACUCUCAAUCCAACAACAAUGACAAAAAGACAGUUCCCGUCCAAGUCGCCAUCCGCGUCCGUGACCUGCUGGACCAAGACGCCGCACACAUCCCCACCCGUUUCCUCAAAUCCUGCGUCGAAUGCCACUCACCAACGACCCUCUCUCUCCCCUCCACUGGUCCGUCCUCCUCCACACCUGCUCCCACGAGCACAGGAGGAACGAGAAAGAGCUACACCUUCGACCACGUCUUUCCCCCACCCACAACCCAAUCCCAAAUUUACACCUUCCUCGCACCCGGAAUCGAAGCAUUCGUUCAGGGGUACAACGUCUCCAUCCUCGCUUACGGGCAAUCCGGAGCCGGAAAAUCCUACACGAUGGGGACCUCCUCGGAAUCUUUGGCGUCAGAGGGGAUGGGCGUCAUUCCGCGUGCUGCUCAGCAUUUGUUCGAGGUGUUGCCGAGGGGAGGAGGAGGGGAGUCGAGACCGGGGACACAGACGGGGAUGAGGACGCCGCAGCCCAGUCGGUUGAGUAUGCCGCCGUCUACCUCUAGUCCGAGGCCGGGGAGUGCUUUGUCACUUUUGUCGAAUGCCACGAAUAAGGGGGAGGGAUGGGAGUUGAGCGUCUCCUACCUCGAAAUCUACAACGAGACGAUUCAUGACCUCCUAUCCCCCUCGUCGUCCUCCAGCAUUGCAAUUAGCACCUCGGCGACAGGGGUAAUUCAAGUCACCGGCCUCGAGCGUGUGCCGGUAACGUCGGCCCGCGAAAUAUUGGAGGUAUUGGAGAGGGGAAGUAAGGUCCGACAGACAGGCGAGACAGGACAAAACGAGAAAAGCUCUCGCUCACACGCCGUCUUCACCCUCUGGCUCACCCAACGCCGUCCACGCACAACAACCCCUCCUCCCCCUCUCACCGAAGGCGGAGCAGGACCAGGGAUGGUGACGGUAGUGAGUAAAAUCAAUUUCGUGGAUUUAGCGGGAAGUGAGAGGUUGAAGAAUACGGGUGCGGUGGGUGGGAGGGCGAAAGAGGGGAUUGCGAUUAAUCAGGGGUUGGCGAGCUUGGGGAAGGUUAUUUCACAGCUGUCGUCUGUCCAUCCUACUCCCUCUGUCUCGGGUGGGGCUUCGAUUGGGGUUCGUCAUAUUUCGUAUCGUGACUCAAAGUUGACACGACUCCUGCAAGACUCACUCGGUGGUACCGCGCUGACAUACAUGAUUGCAUGUAUAAACCCAGCUGAAUACCACCUCGGGGAAACGCUGAAUACAAUUGGGUAUGCGCAGCGGGCACGGAAAGUGAGGGGGCGGCCUGUUGUUGGGGAGAUUGGGGAGGAGGGGUGGGGUGUUGAGGAGUUGAGGGGAGAGGUGGAGAGGUUGAGAACGUCAUUGAAAGGGAUGCAACUACACGAUGCGAAGGUGAAGGGUGUGGAAGGGGAGAGGAGGACGCCGGAGAGUGUAACGAGUGUUGGGCUGCGAGGCCAGUAUGAGAGCUUAAUCGCGGAAUACGAGGAGACGAUUCGCAAGCUUGAGGAUAGUCUGUCAACCACGCGGAUUGAUCUGAGCACAACCGAAUCCCACCUCCUCGACCGCGACCAAAAACUCGCGUACUCCGAAUCCCUCAAUCUCACACUCCAACAACGUCUCGCGAAACUCAUGGAACGUGAGAGUGCGACGGAGGCUUACCUCCAAGAUUUGGAGGAGAAGUUGGAGGGGGAGGUAAGUGCGGGUGAUGAGACGUCCGCUCUCGUACAGAAUUUAAGGGGUGAGAUGGGGAGGUUGAGGAGGGAAGGUCAAGCUGCCGAGGCGUACAUCGCGGACCUCGAAGAGCGGCUCGCGAGGGCUGACGCGGAUGUGGAGGGUCUCACAGCACACGUCGAACGUCUCGAGAACGAGAUGGAGUGUGAUCGACGUGAUGCCCGACUCGACUCCCUGUUGAAAGAGCUGGACGAGUUUAACUCGACCGGGAUGAAUGGGGAGAAGUUGGAUGCGGCGGAGCAGAUCGCAAAGUUGGAGGAUGAUUUGAGUGUGUUGCAGAGUUCGCAUGAGACUGCAUUGACGGAUUUGGAUGAUAUCAAGCGGAAGCACGAGGAGACCUUGAGGGAGUACGCAGAUAUCAAUGAUCGACUCUCCGAAGCUUUGUCAUUGAAUGCUUUCGCGAUGGCGAAUCCCACGCCGGCGCAUUCGGCCGCGACGGCGACUACGACAACGACAGCCCUCAUCGCAAGUACGAAAGACAAAAGUGGCAUGGAUAUAGAUUUAAAAGGCACGGCGGGAACAAGUCACCAGCCCUUGUUCUCGCCACCUACCUCGCUUUCGCUAUCGCAGGAGUUGCAAUUGGCUGGGGAGUCGCUGUCAACAACAUCGGACAGCGCUCAUACAAACAUACAUAUUACUACUAAUAAUCUUACAAUGGAGGAGUUGGAGAGAAUCCUCAAAAGGAAAGAGGAGGGGUGUGAGAGGUUGAGGAGGGAGAUGGAGGUGGUGAGGAUGAGGGAGGGUUACAGUGCUGCGGAGGAGAGUGUGGUGUUUGAUGCGGAGCGUGAGGGUGCGGGUGCGGGGGUGGAGAGGCCAGGUCCGACGAGGGCGGAUACGAGUGUGUCAGUCUACCAGACCGCAGGGAAUACCCCUUUGGGCACGCACCUCCCGUUGUCGAACUUGCCUUUGGUCGACGAGCCGUCCGCCGGCACAACAUUGAGAAGCGAGGAGCUGGACGACACCCCACGCACCGGCUUCUCCACCCUCAACAACGCCCUCAUCUCCGUCGCAAAACCGGUCCGUCUCUCCCGCGAAGUAAGCACCGAAGAAUUCCACGGCGAUGACGCUCGCCGCCAGCUGUACGAGAAUAUCAUCCGGCAGUUGCAUGACCAGCUACAGGAGGCCGUGCAGCGGGCUGCGGAAAGGGAUGAAUUGGUUGUCAAAUUUGAGGGGAUGGAGAGGGAAAUGGAGAUGAUGAGGGGUGGUCGUGUUGCGACGGACGGGAAUGUAAGCGUGGAGGGGGAUGAUAGUUUCCGGACGGCGAGUGAGGGGCCGAAGAGUGAUGGUACCGACACCACACGAGGCCAGGACUUGAGAUUGAAGAUCAAGCGCCUCGAACAAGAGUUGCAGGAGACACAUCACUCUUGGUCCCAAACCCUUGAACAAGAACGCUCCGAAGCAAACUCCCACCUCGCCCGUCUUCGUGGCCAGCUCUCCUCAACCGAAAUCAUCAUAAAAGCCCACCUCGACCGCAUUUCCUCCCUCGAAGACGAACUCCAAUCCUCCCACCGCGAAAACGAACACCACAAAGCCAACACCCUCGAACUCCAAUCCCUCAUCUCCUCCCUCGAAGACAAAAUCAUGUUAGUUCAGAGAGACCGAGAGGAGGUUGGUGAGAAGUUGGCGGAUGUGGCGAAUGUGUUGGAGGGGAUGCAGAGGGAGUAUGCGGCGACGUUGUUGAGGGCUGAGGAGACGAGUGCGGCGGCGGAGGGGCAUCGGAGGAAGGUGGGUGCGUUGGAGGCUGAAGUUCGUGCCCUUAGGGUUGAUCGGGACUCGAAUGGGGCGUAUGAAACUGAGGCGUCGGGUACGAAGGGACGGUAUCCAACCGGGUACAACCCCGACCGCCGUCCCUCCGCCUCCUCGGUCAACUCCUCUCCCAGCAACGGCAACGGACGACGCACAACGCUCAGUCUUCACACCCCUCCUCCUUCAAUGCAGUUCCCUAUCCCGAUGAACCAACUUCCGCCCCUCCCCGCAAGUCCAAGUCCGAAUGGAACGGGACGUGCUUCGAAGCUGAGGGAGAGCGUGGUCAGUAACGCCAGUAGCCGCAUCGGGGAAUAUACCGAGUUAGAGGAGAAAUUGGACAGGCAGGAAGCUGAGGUGCGGAGGUUGGAGGAUCAGUUGAGGCAGGAGAGGAAGUUGAUUUCCGCGUUGGAGGAUUCCCUGACGGAAACGGAGAGACUCGUUCGCAGUUUGAGGACGGACAUGAAAAAAAUCGAGACGGAGAAGCAGUUGUUACAGAGUCAGGUUGGGGCGAUGCAAGCUACCAUUGACGACAUGCGAGAGGAGACAGCGUCCUACAGGUACUCUCAACAAGAAUUCGAACAGGAACGCGUGAACCGCGCUCGUGCAGAGGAAGCGAAGAGGGCAUUGGAGGAGCGUAUGAUGGCUUUAUCACAGAAACGGAAGAGCAAGUUUCUCGGGUGUUUCUAA